AUGUAUAAAAUCAUGCCGGACGCCACAUGUACAGAAUCAUGCCGGACAUCACAUGUACAGAAUCAUACCAAACGUCACAUGUACAAAAUCAUGCCGGACGCCACAUGUACAGAAUCAUGCCGGACAUCACAUGUACAGAAUCAUACCAAACGUCACAUGUACAAAAUCAUGCCGGACGCCACAUGUACAGAAUCAUGCCGGACAUCACAUGUACAGAAUCAUACCAAACGUCGCAUGUACAAAAUCAUGCCGGACGCCACAUGUACAGAAUCAUGCCGGACAUCACAUGUACAAAAUCAUACCAAACGUCACAUGUACAAAAUCAUGCCGGACGCCACAUGUACAGAAUCAUGCCGGACAUCACAUGUACAGAAUCAUACCAAACGUCACAUGUACAAAAUCAUGCCGGACGCUACAUGUACAGAAUCAUGCCGGACAUCACAUGUACAGAAUCAUACCAAACGUCACAUGUACAAAAUCAUGCCGGACAUCACAUGUACAGAAUCAUACCAAACGUCACAUGUACAAAAUCAUGCCGGAGGCCACAUGUACAGAAUCAUGCCGGACAUCACAUGUACAAAAUCAUGCCGGACAUCACAUGUACAGAAUCAUACCAAACGUCACAUGUACAAAAUCAUGCCGGACAUCACAUGUACAGAAUCAUACCAAACGUCACAUGUACAAAAUCAUGCCGGACGCUACAUGUACAGAAUCAUGCCGGACAUCACAUGUACAGAAUCAUACCAAACGUCACAUGUACAAAAUCAUGCCGGACAUCACAUGUACAGAAUCAUACCAAACGUCACAUGUACAAAAUCAUGCCGGAGGCCACAUGUACAGAAUCAUGCCGGACAUCACAUGUACAAAAUCAUGCCGGACAUCACAUGUACAGAAUCAUACCGGACGUCACACAUACAGAACCAUACCGGGUAA